GGCUGAAACUGGGCGCUUUUAAAAGAACUUUAUCGGGGCCAUAGCGACAAACGCCGAUACCAUAGUCCGACACUUCUACGCGUUACAGAGUCUUAGCAAUUUUGAGAUGUCAAGUCAGGAAGGAAAAACUCCUUAUCAGGGAAAAGCAAGAUGCUUUGGUGAAUUCUUGUGUCCGGAAUGCAACAGAACGUGGAUGAGUGCAAACAGCUGGGCAAAUACGGCACAGAAAUGCCAAAAUUGCAUGAUUGACGUUUACCCGUAUAAACAGUCGGCUCUUCAGCGAUCCGGUCUGGAAAACACUAUAUCUGCAGAAGUGAGACAUCCGCAACAUCUUUGUGCAAAGUGCAGACGACUCGGAAGGCCAUGCACGGAUAGAUAUUAAAUUAGUUUUGAUUCAAAGGACUGAGAUUCUUUAUAUAACAGAUAAUGUAUUAUUUAUGACUUGAGGCACCCAUGCCACAGGCAGUUAGUCAAUAGUCAGUACUCGCUUUAUAUCAAAGGUUCAUUCAGACCAAUUUAUCACAAUUUGUGAACCGUGUUUGUAAUCCCUAUUUAUAUGGUAGUUAUAUGGUAAAAAAAAUUUAUUAAUAGGUAAAUAUAUCUGAGUAGAAAACACCACACCUCCUUCAAAACGCUAUUACGGUAUUCAAGCGCGAUUAGAUAAUGCUGGUCAAGCUUUAUUUUUAUUUAUAUGGUAUUUAUAUUUAUCACAUUAAAGAGUGUCACUUAUAUAUUUAAAACUUGUCAUUAUAACAGAAAUACAGAACAAUUCUGCUUACAGCAAGUAGCUCUCACUUUGCUGAUAAAAAGCAGGGUCCUCAGUUUCACACUUAGAAUACAUAUGACAAUCCCCUCGCAACAAAUCCAUCCGUAUGCUUAUUUGAGCAUUCAACGACAGUGGAUAGAGCCGGACAUAGCGACAAACAACGGGUUUGAGUAGCUUGUUA